AAUUCACUUAUAUGGUGCUGAAAACAAUUAAAACAUCCCCUAGAAUUGACUAAAUGUUAGCAGUAAUGCCGCGAUAUUUAAUCGGUUAUCGUAUUGGCGGUCAUCGUUCAUUUGCUUUUGUGAAUUAAACAAAAAUAUUUUGAUGCUCCCAGAAAGAUGGAAGGAAUUGUUCUGUGCGAAAUUGCGGAUGAAGUAGCUCCAGAAUGUGUCAAAGACCCGGGCCCAUUAGAGUUUCAAUACGUCAAAAAGAGAUGGGUGUUUAAAGAGUUUUUCAUUGAAUAUAAGGACGUGCUUCUGAAUUGCAUUGAACAAUGCCAGAAAGCUCGGACAAGGAAGCUAAAGUUCAAGCCAAUCCAACAAGACACAGAUAGUUGGUCCCUGGUGCUCUGCCAUAACCAGACGCACGUUCGAGCACGCGUUGUGGAGAUGGAAGUGGCAGCCAAAUUACUACCCAUAGUCUUCAAAAACUUCGAGGCCAGCCUGGAGUUCGAGGUGGCUCAGCAGGAGCAGGAGCAUAAGCGGCCCCUCAAGACCUAUGUGACCACCAAACUGUACGAUGCCCUGUAUGAAAAACAUCGCCAAACACGGAAUCCGGAUCAGGAUCUGCCUCUAAACCUUCCCGAAAGAUUUCAAUCCCGGCUUCGCAAGUAUCAGGAGCGUACAGUGUCUUGGAUGUUGGGACGGGAGCAGCACAUCACCCAAGUACCAGCCAAUUAUACAGUUCUUCUUGCCGUAGAUGGCAAGAAUAGUGUCUUGAAGCACAACUACUGUCUGCAGUUUUACACAUUCGAUGACGAGCUUCCCAAGAUCACCCUGCCUCCUGGAGGCAUCCUGGCUGACGAAAUGGGUCUUGGCAAGACCGUUGAGUUCCUUGCAAUGCUGCUGAUGAAUCCCAGGCCGCAGGACUCUUUCAGGAACGAUUACUGGCACCAACGGCUGGAUGAGUUUGCUGAAGAUGUGCCGUUAAAGCGGGCACGCAUGCACAAAAAAGAGGUCGUGUUCUGCAUUUGCACCCAGAAACGUGGCACCCUGGUGCAAUGCAGCAAAUGCCGUCGGUGGCAACACGAAAGAUGUAUGGGUUACAUUCCAAAAUCAACCAUACCUCACCUGUGUCCCACCUGUUGGGUCGAGUUGGGAAAAGCCAGUGAAAGGUUGGUUGAGACCGGUGCCACCAUCAUUGUGUCUCCCAAUCCCAUCAAAUUGCAGUGGUUCCAAGAGAUACGAAAACACAUAUCGCCGGCCCUGAAAGUGUUGCUUUAUCUUGGACUGAACUCGUCCCUUUGGGUUAGUCCUCUCGAGCUGGCCAAUUAUGAUGUGGUACUCACGGACUAUACAAUACUGCGCAACGAAAUAUACCACACGACGGACUAUAAGUCUGACCGCCAGAUGCGCCACCAACAGGUGUACAUGCGACCCUACUCUCCACUCCUUAUGGUCAACUGGUGGCGUGUUUGCCUGGAUGAGGCGCAGAUGGUCGAGAGCAACACUUCAGCGGCUGCUGAGAUGGUAAGAAUGCUGCCAGCGAUCAAUCGCUGGGCUGUCACUGGCACAAUAGACGACCUGCCGCCCCUUUUGGAGUUCGUGGGCAGGUCAGAAAUUUGUAGACCCACAGAUGCAUGGCAAACGGUGGACAAAGCUUUUCAGCUUAACUACAAGUGCGAACCGUUGCUAGAACUGCUAGAGCACAGCUUGUGGCGGACCUGCAAAUCAAAGGUCGAGCAUGAACUGGGCAUCCCGCCGCAAACAGAGGUGGUUCACCGACUGGAGUUGAGCAACGUUGAAUCGCUAUAUUACCGCGAGGAGCACCAAAAAUGUCACGAACAAUUCCUCUCAGCCGUGACCAAACACACACGCCACAAUGCAGACAACAGCUUUUGCCUGGCAUCUAUCUCUCCACAAUUGCUGCGGAUCAUCCUAAAGCCCUUCCUCCGCAUCCGUCAAACCUGCUCAGUGCCCGUCGUGCUUAACAGCAAUGUGUCUAGUGCCGACUAUUUGAAUCCACAUGAUCUUCUGAUGCGUCUCAAGUCCAAUAAUGAAAAUGAGUGCAAGACAGAGUUGCGAAGCUGGGCCUCUUCCUACAACGGCUUGGCGGCUAUACACUUUAUAAAAGAGGAUUUUCCUCAGGCCAUUAAGUAUUACAAGCUAUUGUUAAAACUGGCUGCGGAAUAUAACGAGCAGAAUAUAUCAGUCGACAGUGUACUGCAGAUUCAUGCCAUCUACAACGUGCUGCAGGCUAGUGAAUUAGCUAAAACUGCAGACAAGUUAACUGAAUUGGAGCAGCACGACUAUCAAGUUCAAAUGAAGCGACUGGAGUGGAAGUAUCUGCAGGAUAAUACUAACGUGCUAGAAAACGCACUUGGUUUAUUUGAGGAGAAACUCAAGGAGGUUUAUGAACUAGAAAAACAGUUCGAUGGCAGCACUGUGGAUCUGCUGGCAACGGUGGUGAACCAUAAAACAUCUCUUCACGAUGCUGUUUGGAACAAAGUCCGGGAUGAUUUCUUCCGUCAAAACAUCUCAGUGGAAAGGCUCGAUAAUGUGAACUCUAUGGCAGGAAUGCUUUAUUUUGUAGAUUUAUGGCAUAAGAAGCUACAAAAGUUAAAAACAAAUUUACUUACUGAGUUUGAAUACCUAAAGGGAGUUAUGCAAGAAGCUUGUGGGGCUGUUAAAAAAGGAGAGCUCCUCUCACAGGAUAUAAACAAUUUCAUAGGAACCGUAACCGAUUGUCAUUUGGCAGAGAUUUUGGAAGAAAAUAAAGACAAUGAUAAGCCAGAAAAGCCAAAAAAACGACGUCAUUGUCGUUUAUGCAAAAUUCGCGAUUCAUUGAAUCAAUUUGAGUGUCUUCUAUUUGCCAAGAAGCUGGACGAGCAAGCAACGGCUACCGAGGGUCUGGAAAUUCCCAGCAUGGAAAUAAGUCUCAUCAAAUCUAUCUUUUCCUUUCUGCGCUCCAAGCCAGAAUUUAGUGAGUGGAAAGCGGAGUGCCAAAACAAACUGGAUUUGCUCUUAAGCCUGCAGGAGCUGGUCAAGUUGCAAAUCAAAUACUGGAUCGAGGUGGAGUACAUGGUCAAGGCUUUUGAUGAACUGGAAAUGUGCAGGAUGAGAAUUCUCCUAACUGACGAUCCCGAGGAGCAAUCGAAUUACAGAAUCCUGCCUUGCCAGCUGGACGAGCAAUUGGAGUUCAAUCAGUAUAAUCUGCGCGAGUCGCAGCUAAACUUCACGCGUCUGUGUGGUAGGUUAAAGUACCUAAAGCAUCUAAAAGAGGAUACAGCGGACAAACCAUGUCCCAUCUGUCAGACGCAGGAUGAUGUGAGGUAUGUAAUGAUGGUGUGUGGUCACUUUGUGUGCCAGUACUGCUUGGAUAGCAUGAGAAAAAAGUAUUCCAGCGAUUCCGUUAUCAAGUGUCCACUUUGUCGGCAAGAUUCUCCACAACUAUACUACUCAAUACGUCCUGGGGCUCACAAAACCAUAAUUGGUGAUUUUUCUACAAAAAUUGCUAAUAUUGUGGAACUUGUGCUGAAAAUAAAAGGGGAGAAUGAACAAGAGAAGAUACUAAUCUUCUCUCAGUGGCAGGCGAUUUUAGUUCAAAUUGCCAGGGCCCUCAGUCUCAACUCCAUCCAUUUCCGCAAUAAGUGCAGCAAUAAGGACUUCGAAGAUUUUAAGGAUCCAUUUAGCAAUGUAACCUGCCUACUGAUGCCCCUUUCUAAAGGCUCGAAAGGUUUAAAUCUGAUUGAAGCCACACAUGUUUUCCUCGUGGAACCGAUCCUUAAUCCGGGCGACGAACGCCAGGCUAUAGGUCGCAUUCACCGCUUUGGACAGAAUAAACCCACAAAGGUACAUCGAUUCAUUGUGAAUGGAACCAUCGAGGAGAAUAUUCUCAGCCUAAUUACUUCUGCCGAUGAUACAAAGACAUUGUCAACGCAUUGGGAUCUUGAGAACAUGACACUCGAUAGUCUUAAGAAGCUUUUUAUACUCAAGGAAAAAGAGUAGAAUCUAUUAGAUUUAAAUUUAAUUAAGGUUAUUUUUUGUACGUACCCUUGAAAAGGGUAGAAGAUUUCGACUAUAAUUAUAGUCGUUCUGUAAGUAGACCUAGAUAAGAUUAGAAAAAUUAAAUUAUUUAAGAAGACAAAUACUGAACCUGCCAACAUAACAAAAACUUUUGUUUGAUACUCGAUAAUGUUAAUAAAACAUUUCAGUUUGCUUUUUCAGUUAAAUGUAUAAUUUCUUACGACUCGCAACCUCUCAAUACAAUCCUGUUUAAUUAUAAACUUAAAUUAAAUUCACUUAAGGGUAUUAUGUUUUCCUGAUAAAUGUACAGUAUUAUUUGUACUAGCAUUAAGGACAUUAGAUGUAAUCGUAUGUAAACGUUUAUUCCUAGCCUAAUUUAUAUCCAUCGUAUGCACACUGUUCUCGUACAUAUUAAAAGGUAUUGCUUUUCAUAAAAA